AUUUCAUACUUAUUCGAGUUAGGGCAAACGUCAAUUGUUUCAGACUUUCAGGCAAGCAAGGCAUCGAACAGGUUGAGUCCAUGGUGACCCUGACCCAACUUUCGCAGGUUUCAAGCAUUAAUUUGGGGUUUUUAGCUGGGAACACCAGUCAUUGUCACCGGAAAACAAGUUACCUCAGAAUUUCGAGAAAAAAUGGAAGAUGGUUUCGAUUGUUUUCUGGCACGAGUGCCCAAUUACAGGAUUGGGACUGUUCACAUGAUUCAAGGAAAAUUGCACCGUUGAUUACACCGGUUGAUGAGAAGCCAAAGAAGUUAUUCAAGAAAGAACACCACCUCUGGAUGAAGAGAGAUUCAGCUGGGUCUAGCCAAAAGGCUCUCAAUCUAGUGCGAAUUGUUUCAAGGGUUUCAAAUGAGAAGGAGGCUAUUUAUGUAGCAUUGGAUGAAUGGGCUGCUUGGGAAACUGAAUUUCCUGUUAUUGCUGCAGCGAAAGCUCUGGGAAUUUUGCGCAAGAGAAGGCGAUGGCUACGGGUAAUACAGGUUUCUAAAUGGUUGCUGUCCAAAGGUCAAGUAUUGACAAUGGGAACAUACGAUACCCUAUUAUUGGCAUUUGAUAUGGAUGGGAGGGUUGAUGAAGCUGAAACUAUUUGGAAUAUGAUAUUGCACACAUAUACACGCUCGAUCUCAAAGCGCUUAUUUUCUCGGAUGAUGUCUCUAUAUGAUCAUCACCACAUUCCUGAUAAGCUCUUAGAGGUUUUUGCUGACAUGGAAGAAUUAGGGGUGAAACCAGAUCAAGACUCUGUGAGAAGAGUUGCACGUGCAUUCCAGCAAUUGGGCGAGGAGGAGAAGCAGAAGCAAGUGUUGCAGAAAUAUGGCUUGAAAUUGAAAUAUAUCCAUUUCAAUGGAGAACGUGUCAGAAUCAAAGCAGGAGAAAAUUGGGAUGAGUGACAGAAAAAGAAAGCCUGAAAUAUACAGUAUCAUUCCCCAGAAAGACCUUCAAAGAAUCAGAUGAAUGAUGGUGGCAUGAACGUAACCUCAACCUGAAGAUCCUCUGAUGUAACUGUUACAUCUGUGGCAAAAUGGCAGUGAUAGGCUGAUCUCCUAUGGAAUCUGGUUCACUGAGAUCUUUUAAGCAAAAGUUCUUGCAGUAAGUGUUUCCAUCUCCAGUUCAAUCCAUGAACUGCAAAAUGUCCAGUUCAUAGACAUCUUUGAGAAGCUCAAUCAAUAUUGGCAUCUGAGUGGAUUGGAACUGGGAACUCUUUGAAAUUUCAUUUUAAGGACUUGAAGACCCUGCAUGUGUUUGAAGAACACACAUGUGAUGGGAUGAUCUUUGGAGCAUGUUCCUCUUUUGUACUCUACUCCAUUAGACCACAUAAUAGGCAGGGAGUGGAGCGGUUUACAUGUGGCAUCGAAGUUGAUCUCAACUGUCUGUGUGACUUGAUCAAGCUUUUGUUGAAGUUCAAAGAUGUGAACAUCAAAUCCCAAAAAUUAAAUGGAGAGAUCUGAUUUGGAUUUUUCAGUA